CCGGGGAGCUGCGGCCAGCAGCCUCUGCUCUGCAGAGGGACAAACCCAUUCUUCCUGUGAGGACAAGCCCCGCUGGUAGCCGGCCCUCAGCCGACCACCCUGAGGCACAGAUGGAGAGAAAUGGUCCCUCAAGUGCUUCGAGCUGGGAGUGCCGAUGAGGUCACAGCUUGGCUUCGCUCCACCCAGAGACCUCGUGGUUUCCUCUGCCUGCCCGGCCUGCCUGGAAGCCUGCAGGGAGGGUUGGGGUUUCUCUCGCUGUCCACACCCAGGCAAAAGCUGAGCAGAAGGGAAGGGGUCCCUCUUGACCGGCUCCAUUCCAGCCGGACACCACGUGACUCAGAGUUGGUGGACACGGGACUGGAGACCCCGAGAGGCUUUGAGGAUAGGAACCCCGGGCCGUACCCAGGGCAGAUCCAAGGCCCAGGGUCAGAGCAGGCAGGAUCGGCUGCUCCUCUGCCCCCAACGGGGCAUCAGGAGACAGAGAGAGCUGAACACAUCCCUGCAGCAACCCCUGUCCCCCACCCCACGAUGGACCCCAGAGAAGCUGGGCAGCAUGGGGGGACCGCCGACGGCGCCCAGGAGGAUGUGGCCUUCAACCUCGUCAUCCUGUCCCUCACCGAGGGGCUCAGCCUGGGUGGGCUGCUGGGGAACGGGGCAGUCCUCUGGCUCCUCAGCUCCAAUGUCUACAGAAACCCCUUUGCCAUCUACCUCCUGGAUGUGGCCUGUGCAGACCUCAUCUUCCUUGGCUGCCACAUGGUGGCCGUGGUCCCCGACUUGCUGCCAGGCCGGCUGGACUUCCCGGACUUCGUGCAGACCAGUCUGGCCACGCUGCGCUUCUUCUGCUACAUCGUGGGCCUGAGCCUCCUGGGGGCCGUCAGCAUGGAGCAGUGCCUGGCCGCCCUCUUUCCAGCCUGGCACUCAUGCCGCCGCCCACGCCACCUGACCACCUGCACAUGCGCCCUCACCUGGGCCCUCUGCCUGCUCCUGCACCUGAUGCUCAGCGGCGCCUGCACCCAGCUCUUUGGGGAGCCCAGCCACCACCUGUGCUGGACGCUGUGGCUGGUGGCUGCGGUGCUGCUGGCCACGCUGUGCUGCGCCAUGUGUGGGGCCAGCCUGCUGCUGCUGCUGCGCAUGGAGAGAGGCCCCCAGCGGCCCCCGCCCCGGGGCUUCCCUGCGCUGGUCCUCCUCACCGUCCUCCUCUUCCUCUUCUGCGGCCUGCCCUUCGGCAUCUACUGGCUGUCCCGGAACCUGCUCUGGCACAUCCCCCAGUACUUCUACCACGUCAGCUUCCUCAUGGCUGCAGUGCACUGCGCCGCCAAGCCCGUCAUCUACUUUUGCCUGGGCAGUGCCCAGGGCCGCAGGCUGCCUCUCCGGCUGGUCCUCCAGCGGGCACUGGGAGACGAGGCUGAGCUGGGGGCUGUCAGGGAGACCUCCCGCCGGGGCCUGGUGGACAUAGCAGCCUGAGCCCUGGGGGCCCUGACCCCAGCUCAGCCUCCGGGAGCCAGGAGGAGUUACCCUCCUGCCUCCGGGAAGACGGUGGGGUCAGAGGCUGGGGCCAGCCGCACCUGGAGGAGGCCUUGGUGGGUGACCUGGUCAUGGGCUGUCGAAGCUGUGACCCUGGCUCCUGGGCAUGAGGCUCCCCUGGGAGGCAGCUGGAAAGGCGAGGUCUCUACGUGCCCAGGCAGGUGGGCUGGGUCUCUGGGGAGAAGGCCCAGGAAUAUGCAUUUUGGGGAAACCUCCCUGACAGUUCAGGCACAAGCACUAAAGAGCCGCUGCUGCUACCCAUUCCCUGCUCAGCCUCAGUGAGGAGACCCUGGAAAGGAAGGAAGCCAGGCUGGGCACCAGGUGAGGGGCAGGUGCAGACCCUCCCGCAGUCACCUCCCCUCCUGCUCGUGCUUCCUCAUGCUGCAGGUGCACCCACGGAGAACACAACCGUCCCUCAGCUCACCAUGUCCCCUUUGCAGCACCUGAAUUGACCCUAAAAUUGAAGACUGCCCAAAACUUGACUUCCGGCCCCGAUGAACUCUGUCCAAAGCGGCCUGAAGCCUUUUUGUCCUGGGCCGGUUAUGUCGUCGUGGGUUUUAAGCAGGAAAAUGCAGUGAUGCCACAAAGCCACUCAUUCUAUCAGCAUAAGGUGUACGUGGAUCCAGAGCUGUACCCCCAACCCCAGCACACACGCUGUGAGGAAAAGCAGGGCUGAGGGUGGCUUCUAAAAGGCUGUGGAGCUGUCCUUGGUCAUCGGCCCCUUGCUCAAGGCAUGUGAUUCAGACCCGGACAAUACAACCCUCGCUUGGAGCUUCGGAAAAGCCGGCCCCAUGGGUGUCCCCAGAUAUUGCACCCUGGGUGGGCGGAAACGCUCCUUACAACCCCACACAGCAGCCCGCAGCCCUGUCUCCCCAUGGGACCCAGGCCUUCAGCAACUGGAAAGCUUCCUGCCCGCCCCGUGUGACGCAGCCCAACCCCUGUCCCGGGCCGGUUGGCUCCAGAGGAUCCCUCUAAGGAAGGAACGUGGGCUUCACCCUCAGCAGGCUUCUGAGCUUCCCCUGAGUGCUGGUCCUGGCUGCCACCCUGGAGCACCUGCCAGGGGGUGCUAGGAGCAGGGGCUUUGGAGCCCACAGCCUUGGCUGAGCCUUGCUGGCCACCCCACUGAGUCACCGAGGCCCAGUCUCUGAACGCCUCCCCGCCUCUGCUUGCUUGUCUGUAAAAGAUGAGAUCCAGUGCUGUGAGGCCUGCCAGCCUCUCGUGAGCCCAAGAGAAACGGGUGUCCCCUGCCACGAACGCCCCACCCCAAGUCUGCAAUGCCAGUCUAAGCCGCAGACUGAGGCAUCUGAGAGGUUUGACCUCUGACUCCGGCCUCCAUGCCCGGUGAUGGAGGGACAUUCCCACCCGGUCGUGACUGAGCCUAUCCCUGCUGAGUCUGGGUGAGGGUCACAGACCCCUGGUCAGCACCCUACCCUAGAGUCUGGCUCCACCACCCUCCUCACCCCAUGGGGCCUGCACUGGGCCCACCCCAGCCCACACAAUGCGUUCAUCCCCGGCUCCCGCCCGUCCCCGGCAGGCCUGGAGACUGGGAGCCCCAGGGGCGAGGCCCACCUCUCCUACAGCCCCUACAGCCCCUCUCGGGGACUUACCUCCUCCCAACUGAUCCCCAGCCCAGGAUCUGGGCAGGACCCUCUCUCCCUGCCUCCAGGACAGGAUUAGCAAGCUCCAUUCCUCAGCUGGCGAAACGAGGACAGAAAGGGAAGUGGCCUGUCCACAGAUCCCACUUUCAGCCCCAGAACAUACACUUCCCCCAGGACAAGGAAGAACCGGGAGGAAAAGCACAGAUGAAUCUCAUGACGUGACCUUGCCGUGGGCAUGAUCCCGGGAAUCCCUGUAAUAAUGUAGGAACUUACUCCCACUCUCCAGAUGAGACCACUGAGGCUCAGAGGGGCUAUGCGGCCGCUCAGGACCACAAGAAAGUGGCAGAGCCAGAAGGUGACUCCCAGCCCAGCCUCCACCACCUGGACCAGGGCAGGCUCAGGUGUCCUCAGCCCCACACUGGCUCCCCAGACCCUGGCCCCAUCCCCACCCAGACCCCUUUGCUGCAAAAGGGUCCAGACGGACUGGGGACCCUUCGAAUGUUCACUCCCUCCCAGAGAGAGGAUCCCCUUAGCAUCCAGGGGAUCAGGGGCAGCUCUAGAUGCCUGCUUAUUAGCCCUUCCCAAGGAGUCCGGGAAAUGUGGCUUCAUCCGAGGUCUCCACAGAAACUGGGCCCAGCCUGUCCCCACUCCAGCAGCAGGCAUGGCCGCAGGGGUACGGACUUACGGCGCCUCCUCUUCUGCCCCCAGAGCUACAGGGCUCCACCAGGGACCCCUGGCUGACCUCAACCCCUAGACCCCACCCUCCAGGACCCUGGGGCCGCCCACUCAAAGGACGCCUCCGCCCGGGUGACAGGCAAAGCUCCUCCACCAGGGCGCAGCCCACCCUGCCCACCUUCGUCCCCAGGUCCCUGUGAGGCUGCUGCAGCUAGCAGAGUUCCCAGGAACAGACGGCUCCUGCUGGGGGCAGCCAACAUUCCAGGGAGCCUCUGUAAUCCGCUCCCUCCUCAGGGCCCAGGGAGGCUGUGUGUGAGGCCUGUGUGUAUGAUGAUAGGGACAGAGACAGGCCUGUGGCAGCAUCCCCGUCCCCUCCCCAGCACCGGGUGCGAGUCUGUAAAUCAGCCUGCGCUGCGUGGCGUCCUCACGGGGCCGGGCCCGCUCCCUCCUGGGCUGGUUCAGCGGCUCACGCGCUGGAGAAAUGAAAGCAAACAUACCUAAACCGUGA